AUGGGCUCACACGCUCCAGAGCUUUCGACCGUUAUGCUGUCGAUCAGGGAAGCGGACACCACGGUGCGCACUAUCGUCCUCACCAGCGUUGGGCUGUCUCCUUUCUGUGCCGGAGCGGACCUGAACGAGCUGGCGAAAAUGGCCACAGCCGGGUCGUAUCGGACCGGCUGGUUGAAGGAUGUAGAGACCAGCUUCUCGACGUUCCGUAAACCAAUUGUGGCGGCCGUACGAGGUUUCGCGUUCGCAGGCGGCUUCGAAAUUGCGCUCAUGGAAUCCUCUGCGGACGCUCGGUUCGCUUUUCCGGAGAUCAAGUUAGGUACCAUCCCCGGCGCUGGAGGUACGCAGCGGUUAACUCAAGCGCUCGGGAAGCAUAAGGCCAUGGAACUCAUUUUAACCGGCACGUCCAUGACGGCGACCGAGUUGGAACGAUAUGGCAUCGUGAACAGGGUGGUUUCUGUAGAGCAGGACGUUGUCGAUGAGGCGUUGAAAAUGGCAGAAACAGUCGCCGCUUUCUCAGCACCCGCGAUUGGACUGGCGAAGCAAGCAAUUAGAGCCGCUGAGGCCACAGCAUUGAAUGCGGGGUUGGAAAUGGAGCGGGCGCUGUACUACAGCGCCUUCUCGCUUGCUGACUUCGGCGAGGGCGUUGCAGCAUUCCUGCAGAAGCGGCCAGCGGCCUUCGAGCAUCGAUAA